AUGGAGGCCCGCACCUCAUCAGUGCUCUGCGAGCUCCUGCCACAGCUGACACAGGCCCUGAGCCAGUCCAGGCCCGAGGACAUGAGGUGGCCCCUGGCAGUGGGGGGGCUGCUGCUGCUGCUGGUGCUGCCGUUUGGGACUCAGGGAGCCAAGAUAUCAAGAGCCUGCGGGCGUCCACGGAUGCUGAACCGAAUGGUGGGCGGGCAGGACGCUAUGGAGGGUGAGUGGCCCUGGCAGGUCAGCAUCCAGCGCAACGGGAGCCACUUCUGCGGGGGCAGCCUGGUCACAGAGCGCUGGGUCCUUACUGCAGCACACUGCUUCCCCAACACCUCUGAAACAUCCCUGUACCAGGUCCUGUUGGGGGCUCGGCAGCUGGUGAGGCCAGGGCCACAUGCCAUGUAUGCCCGGGUGAAGCGGGUAGAGAGCAACCCUUUGUACCAGGGCAUGGCCUCCAGUGCCGAUGUGGCCCUGGUGGAGCUGGAAGAACCAGUGACAUUCACCGACUACAUCCUUCCUGUGUGCAUGCCUGACCCCUCAGUCAUCUUUGAGACAGGCACAAGCUGCUGGGUCACAGGCUGGGGCAGCCCCAGUGAGCAAGACCGCCUGCCCAAUCCUCGGAUCCUGCAGAAGCUAGCUGUGCCCAUCAUUGGCACGCCUAAGUGCAACCUGCUGUACAGCAAAGAUGCUGAGUCUGGCUUCCAGCCCCAAACCAUCAAGGAUGACAUGAUCUGUGCUGGCUUUGCUGAGGGCAAGAAGGAUGCCUGCAAGGGCGACUCCGGCGGCCCCCUAGUGUGCCUUGUGGGCCAGUCAUGGAUGCAGGCUGGGGUGAUCAGCUGGGGCGAGGGCUGCGCCCGCCAGAACCGCCCUGGCGUCUAUAUUCGGGUCACUUCCCACCACAACUGGAUCCAUCGGAUCAUUCCCGAACUGCAGUUCCAACGGGAUGCAGCUGGUAUGGACAUCUGCAAGGUGAGGUACCAGCCAGCCACCGUUCGCAGCUCUGGAGGAUAG